CAGUCAGUCCCACAUGGGGUGCAGUCUGUCCCAUGGGUGCAGUCAGUCCCACAUGGGGUUCAGUCUGUCCCAUGGGUGCAGGCAAUCCCAUAUGGGUGUAAUCAGUCCCAUAUGGGUGCAGCACCUGCCAUACAGAGCAGUCCCCGCCACACGUGCCGCGAUGCUCAGCCCCAUCCCGGGGUGGGACUCCCGGGGGAUUCCCCUGCGCGGGCGGGCGGGGCCGGGGCCGAGCCCCCUCCCCGGGACAGCCCGGGCUCCUCCCGCGGGCGGCGGAGCGGCGGGGCCGGGGCGCGGCGGCGGCGGGAUGGAGGGUCCCCGGGGCCGCUCCCGGGGCCGGUGCCGGUGGCUGCCCUGGGUCGCCCUGCGGCUGCUCGCGGUCGCCGCCUUCAACCUGGACGGCGGCAGCCCCGUGCUGAAGGACGGCGAGCGGGGCAGCCUCUUCGGGGCUGCCGUGGCACUGCACCGGCAGCUCAGCCCCGAACCGGCGGGCUGGCUGCUGGUGGGGGCCCCCCAGGCGCAGGCGCUGCCCAGCCAAGGUGCCAACCGGACCGGGGGGCUCUUUGCCUGCCCGCUGACCCUCGAACUCUCCGACUGCUGGCGGGUGCCCAUCGAUGAGGGAGUGGACCCGCAGCGGGAGAGCAAAGAGAACCAGUGGCUGGGGGUGAGCGUGAAGAGCCAAGGAGCCGGAGGGAAGAUCGUGACCUGUGCCCACCGGUACGAGGUGCGGCACCGGGUGCGGCAGCCGCUGGAGACGCGGGACGUGAUCGGGAGGUGCUUCGUGCUGAGCCAGGACCUGCGGGUGCGGGACGAGCUGGACGGCGGCGAGUGGAAGUUCUGCGAGGGGCGGCCCCAGGGCCACGAGCGCUUUGGCACCUGCCAGCAGGGCCUGGCGGCCGCGUUCAGCCCCGACCGCCGCUACGUCCUGCUCGGGGCCCCCGGCACCUACAACUGGAAGGGGACCCUGCGCGUGGAGCAGCUCAACCAGAGCUCUCUGGACCUGCUGCGCCCGGACGCCGGUCCCUUCGAAGCGGGGGGGGAGAAGGACCAGGACCCCUCGCUCAUCCCCGUGCCCGCCAACAGCUACUUCGGGUUCUCAGUGGACUCGGGCGCGGGGCUGACGCGCCGGGGGGGGCUGAGCUUUGUCACCGGCGCCCCCCGCGCCAACCACACCGGGGCUGUCGUGAUCCUGCGUCGCGACAGCGCCAACCGCCUGGUGCCCGAGGCGGUGCUGCCCGGGCCGCAGCUCAGCUCGGCCUUCGGGCACGCCCUGGCCGUGCUCGACCUCAACAGCGACGGGUGGAUGGACCUGGUGGUGGGGGCCCCCCACUUCUUUGAGCGCCAGGAGGAGAUCGGGGGGGCUGUUUAUGUUUACAUCAACCCCGGGGGGCUCUGGGACGCUGUGACCCCCCUGAGGCUCAACGGCACCCGGGGGUCCAUGUUCGGCACCGCCCUGAGCACGGCCGGGGACCUCAACCAUGAUGGCUUUGAGGACCUGGCCGUGGGAGCCCCUUUCGACGGCGCCGGCAAAGUGUUCAUUUACCACGGGAGCGCCCUGGGCAUCGUGGCCAGGCCGGCCCAGGUCCUGGACGGGGAGGCCGUGGGGGUCCCAACCUUCGGGUAUUCCCUGUCGGGGGGGCUGGACGUGGAUGGGAACCUGUACCCCGACCUGCUGGUGGGGUCCCUGUCCGACACCGUGGUGCUCUACAGGGCCCGCCCGGUGGUCCACGUGUCCCGGAACGUGUCGCUGCUGCCCCCCACCAUCGACCUGGAGCAGAGCAACUGCCGCCACUGGGAGGGCGUCUGCGUGGAGGUCCGAGCCUGUUUCAGCUACACGGCCAGUCCUGCGAGCUACAGCCCCCGCCUCGAGCUGGAGUUCGUGCUGGACGUGGACACCGAGCGCCGGCGCCGUGGCCAAGCCCCCCGGGGGUCGUUCCUGGGCCGUGGCCCCGCAGACCCCGAGCACCAGCUCUCCGGGACCCUGGAGCUGCCCCGGCAGCACAGCCGGGCCUGCGUCACCCCCACCUUCCAGCUGCACGACGGGAUCCGGGACAAGCUGCGGCCCAUCGUUGUCACCUUGGCCUAUGGGAUCCGGGGGCCUGGGGGGCACCGGGGGGGGCGGGGGGCUCUGCUGCCCCCCCUUUCCCCCGCGCUCAGCCCCCACCAGCCCAGCACCCACCGUGCCGAGGUGCAUUUCCUGCGCCAGGGCUGCGGGGAUGACAAGAUCUGCCAGAGCAACCUCCGGCUGCACUUCCAGUUCUGCGCCCGCCGCGGUGACAGCGAGUUCCUGCCCCUGCCCAGGGCCGAGGAUGGCACUGCCAUCUUCGCCAUGAGUGACCAGAAGGACGUGGCCCUGGAGGUCCUGGUGACCAACGAGCCGUCGGACCCGGCGGAGCCACAGCGGGACGGGGACGACGCCCACCAGGCCCAGCUCACGGCCACUCUCCCCCCGGAGCUGCCCUACGCGGCCCUGCGGCCCGACGAGGGCGGGGGGCUCGGGGACAAGCCCGUGCUGUGCCUCGCCAACCAGAACGGCUCCCAGGUGGAGUGUGAGCUGGGGAACCCCCUGAAACGCGGAGCACAGGUGCGGUUCUUCCUCAUCCUCGGCACCUCAGGAAUAACCAUCCACACCUCGGACCUGGCGGUGGAGCUCGCGCUGUCCACGAUCAGCGAACAGCCGGGGCUGGAGCCGGUGGUCGCUCGUGCCCGGGUGGUCCUCGAGCUGCCCCUCUCCGUGACGGGAGUGGCCGUGCCCCCCCGGCUGUUUUUCGGGGGGGAGGUGCGGGGGGAGAGCGCCGUGCGCAGGGAGAGCCAGGUGGGCAGCGCCGUCAGCUUCGAGGUCACGGUGUCCCACAGGGGACAGGCGCUGAAGACUCUGGGCUCUGCCUUCCUCACCCUGCACUGGCCCCACGAGCUGCCCAACGGAAAGUGGCUCCUGUACCCCCUGAGCCUGGAACUGGGCACCCCCCCCGUGCCCUGCAGCCCCUCUGCCAACCCCCUGCGCCUCGCCCUGGAGCCACUGGGACAGGGUGACCCCCCCCAGGCAUCCCCCCCCCGGUCCUGGUGGGUCCCAGCACCCUCAGAGAGGAGGAGGAACGUGACACUGGACUGUGCCCGAGGCACUGCCCGCUGCCGCCCGUUCCUGUGCCCGCUGCCCACCCUGGAGCGCUCGGAGCUGCGGGCGCGGGGCCGCCUCUGGAACGGCACCUUCCUGGAGGAAUUCCUGGAUGUCUCCUCGCUGGAACUGAUCGUCCGUGCCGAGGUUUCCGUCACCUCCCCCAGCAAGAACCUGGUGCUCAAAGAUGCGACCACGCAGAUGUCGGUGUCCAUCCACCUGGACCCGGGGCUGGCGGUGGCGGGGGUCCCGUGGUGGGUGGUCCCGCUGGCGGUGCUGCUCGGGAUCCUCCUCCUGGCCCUGCUGGUCCUCGGGCUCUGGAAGGUGGGGUUUUUCCGCCGUGCCCGCCGUGCCCCCCCGGCCGUGCCGCAGUACCACGCCGUGCGGAUCCCGCGGGAGCAGCGGCGGCACCUCCUCGAGGGCAGGAUGGGCACGAUCCAGAGGCAGGAAUGGGCCGCCAGCCCCGCCGAGCCCCCGGACGGACGCGGGACCCCCAGCUCCGCAUAGACCCCCCCCCCUGUGAAAUGGGGGGUGGGCACGGGGGGCACGGACACGGGGUAUGGGGUGUGGAACAUGGGAUAUGGGAUACAGAUAUGGGAUACAGGACAUGGGUAUAGGAUAUGGGAUAUGGGACAUGGACAUGAGAUAUGCGAUAUGGGAUAUGGGACACGGACACAGACAUGGGAUAAGGGACAUGGACACAGGAUAUGAAGCACGGAAUAUGGACAUGGACAUGGAACAUGGAUACUGGAUAUGGGACACAGGACAUGGACAUGGGAUACGGGACAUGGAACUCGGGAUAUGGAACAUGGGACAUGAAACAUGGGACACAAACAGGGGACACAGGACAUGGAACACGGGAUUGUCCGCCCUGGCCGUGCUCUGGGGAUGGCAGCAGGAACAGGGGACAUGGACAUGGACACAGAGCCUGGGACAUGGAACCUGGGACAUGGGAUUUCUCGCCCUGGUUGUGCCCUGGGAAGGUCCCAGUGAGGCACCGGCUGUGCUGGAGCACCUGGGAAUGUUUGUCCUGGGAUGGGGCCAUCGGGCCCAUGGGGCACUUUGGCCCCACAGGGUCAGUUUGGUCCCAGGGGUCACUUCAGCCCCACAUGAAGGGUUUGGCCCCACACGGGGUCUCGACCCCCCGGGCUCAGCUCGGCCCCACAGCGACGUUCACCCCAAUAAAAGGUGCUGUUCCCCCA